UUCAUAUUUGGAAUUACACUAUCGUGUAAAAGCAUAUAUCAUAACAUUACUUGCACAGCAUUUGUUAAACAGAAAUAUGUAUAUGUUGAAAUCAAUAAUCAGUCGCACAAAAAAACCACAAAAAAAAAAUCUUUUAAAAACAAAAUAAAUGUUCACUCAUAUUCUUGAAAACACGGCAGUGCAAUUCAUACUAAAAUGGCGGACAGACUUACACAGUUGCAAGACACAGUAAAUCAGCAAGCGGAACACUUUUGCAAUGCGAUUGGUGUGAUUCAACAAACCUCUUUUCCAAGUAAAUUUGCCAAUUUCGAGCGAAUAGGAUCCCAAACGCCAAACCCUUGCCACCCUCCAGACGACUAUGCCCAGCUUUUCGCACAAUUAAUUGCACGAUGUGCCAAGGAUAUUGACACACUAAUAGAGUCGUUACCAAAUGAAGAUAGUUCCAUUGAACUACAAAAUUCUAGCCUUAAGAGGCUCGAGCUCGAAAAUCAAGAAACUGCACAUGAACUUGAGGAAGUUGUACGAAAGGGCGAGCUUUUGCUAGAAAAAAUGCAGUCAAGCUUGGAAAACAUUGCUCAAGCUCAAUUGGACAUGGAAAUAUCACUUAAACAUAAUUUGCAAAAAGUGUAAAGUUAAAUAAAUUUUUAAUUCAACCUUUGA